AUGUCCCCAGGGCUGGACAAUAAAGGAAAGAGUGUUAGAAAAAAUGAUAGAUUAAUUAGCAAUGAAUUAAAAUUAAGAAGGGGAAGUAAAAUUCCCGAAUACAAGGAAAUUAAUGCCUUUAAUUUUAAACCUAAUCCUGAAUUCGAGUUUCAUGUGCUUAUCAACAAUGAAGUUUAUGGCCGCGGAACUGGCUCUAAUACAAAGAAUGCCAGAAAAGCUGCUGCCAGCAACGCUCUUGAGAAAAUUUAUAGUAAUGAAUCCAAUUAUUCUGAUAAUCCAUUUAUCAAUGAUACAAAUACCAUUACGUGCUUAUAA